UUCCUACUCACCACUGCAUGACACUUUGAUGACCCUUCACACACCGGUUAUCGCUUCAACUAUAUUAAAAGGUUAACAUUCCCUAGUAGCCCCUGAGAACUAAAAUCAAUUGUUCUCACUAAAGUAACACUUUUAGGCGGUAGGGACGCUAGAUGUGUAACCUACAGGUUUAGGGCCCCUGAAAGCAACUGGCAGAACGGCACUUUCGCAAAGUGAAUAAAUCUCCAUAUGUUGGCAAACGACUUGAGACCAGCAGGUUGAAAAAUCAUGGAGGCUCUUGCAAAGAGAAGUCUUGACUAAUCCGUAACCAGAGAACCAAAAAUGUCUGUCCAGGUAAGGGUUAUAUCUGUUUUGUAUACAACUUUUAGCUUGAUUAGCUCAGACUGCCGUAAAGAGGCGCUCCAGAUCAAAUUACUUAUUCAGAGACGGAUCCGCUCCUCGCAUAAAUUUGUACCAAAGUAUUAGAGAUAAAAGAUUUUGGUGGAUCUCUGUCUGAGCUGCCCCCAAGAACUCGCCUACAUAACUCUAGAGCAGACUUCCCCAAUUUCGGCUCUCUGGGCCAAGAGGUGCACCAUAUUCUGUGACCCAGCAACACAAAAAUAAUACCUAAACCCAAAAAAAGUGUGUAGUGAAAUACAUGCUGGCCUGCGUCAAAGAAAAUGGAAGGAUCAGUAGAGGUGGGCAGACCGAUCCUAGGUUCUAUACUAUCGAUACCAUCGCUCCUAUUGAUAUUGAACAAUACUCGUUAACACUAACUGCAGCAGAUUCACUAGUCUCCCCGUCUGUGUCACAGCGUCAGACCAGCAUACCCAUAGUCGAUAUGUAUGCGCAAGAUGUCAGCUUCUCGUUUAUCUCUUUAGUUUUGUACCAAAAAUAAACUUUUAACUCCCUUUAGUCAUGUACAAAAAAUCGCCAUACGCUUCAAAAAACAGCAAAAAGUAAGUAAAUUAUUUUUCUGUACAUGACUAAAGGGAUAAGCCCAUUGAGGUAGUUUUUAUGUUUAUUUUUUGUACAAAACCUCAGGGAUAAACGGGUAUUACCUAUGGAUACGCUGGUCUGACAGGGUAUGCUCAUCUGACAGAAGAUUGGUUAAAUGUAGUGAAAACACAAGUUUAAAUAAAUAGGCACAUGAAAAAAGCAUGAGCAAGAAAACAUCAAGCUACACAAAUGGAGAGAGGAGACCAAACAGAUCCUCGACCCUCAGAUAGACGUCUCUGACAGAGGCGUUUCAAAUCUCCAGAGAAUAUUCAGGUAGAUAAGAGUCAUCACCUUCAUAUUAACUUUCAAAGUAGACACUAUCAAGUGAUAUAACAACUAUAUCAAGCGAUACAAGGCUUCGUCUAUAUAAGACUAACUGCGGAUCCAGACAUUUGAAUUGAGAAAGCUUCCUGGAGAGGUGGCGAAACGUCUUCAAAUCUUGGAAACCAAGUCCAGUGGAUAUUUUUUGAAUUUUUACGGAAUAGACACUAUAUGUCAUGUGUUACUAGAUACCACUCAGAAAGUGUAGUUGAGACCUUGAAAGAACCCAGCACAUUUAUCCGAUUGAAACAUAUUAUCUAAAUGGGCAAACAUUUGCUAAUCCUUUAUUUAUCCCACAAUGUGGAAAUAAAAUUUAUAGAAUUAAAGCAACAUGCAAGUUCACACAAUACAAACAAAAUUGCAUAAGGAUUGAAAGAUAAAAUAUAAGAAGUGGAUUUGGAAAAAAAACACUAUGAACAUAACAUUUUCAUUGAAUACUAAUAUUAUUCGAUUGUAAUAAUAAAAUAAAAAACACACAAAAAGAGAGGUUCCAUAAUACACCAAGCUUAAAUAAAAUUGCCGUAUCGUAUCGAUAUCGGCAAUACCGACCCUGUAUUUACUAGGUAUCGUGAUCACUCUGCUCUAAGGAUCGGAUCGGUCUGUGAAUGAAUCACGCGACAAAGAGCGCCACAGGCUAGACGCUGUUGGCCAACAAAACAUAUCACACAUAUCUGCUCAGAUAUUUUUUGUUUCUCUGAUGUAGAACUUAUCCUAGAGCAGUGGAUAUGACCUUGUCUUUACAAGAAACUCCAAAACUUCUCAAUCUAGUCCAAAGGGGUUACAAAACACACUGGUUCAUUUAGCUACGAUGCAUGGAAAAUAGCCGAUAAUCCUGGAAUCUAUUAGUCUAGCGUUCCUGGUUCCUAAGAGUCACACAAUUGUCUCAAAUUAAACUAAUUUUUGCUUCAAAAGAUGCAUAGCAGUGGGAAAAAACACACUCUGGAAGAAACUUAAAGAGUAAACUGAUUACUAAAGUUGAAAAAUAAAAGAUUUUGAUCAAACUGGGUAUUUAAAUAAAUGUUGCUGUCAUUUUUAACAUAAGAUUUUUAAAGGUCAAUUUUAAAGGCUAAGCCCUCAAAUCAAUAAAAAGCUUGUCUGUACAACAAGCCUAAAAUGAGAAGUUUCUAUGCAAACUAGAAAUAAACACCAAUCCUCUAAACAUCACAUUGUUUAGAUGCUGUAUUAUCCAAACAAUGCACAUUUACAGGGUUUCCACUGAAUGACGAUGCACAACCACAUACAUGAUCUCAAUGACUCAGGAUUCACCAGAGAACCUAUCGAGUUCAAAGGAAAAAAAUAGGCCUAUAGACGGAGCUGAGAGGAAAUCCCCCACGUGGAUAAAGGGGAAGUAUGCAUGAAUAAAUGCAGCAGUCCAGCGCUGCAGCCAGAAGGUGAUACUGACUGAAAGAAACAAGCAUGAAGCUGCAAUCUGCCAUUGAAGUUUUUGGAUGUGUAUUUCUGCUGCUUGCAGAUGGAUUUCCAGUUUCAGACUUUGACUCUCCAAAGAUCAUCGGGCCUCUUCACAACAACAUCAAAGUGGAUCCAGGCGAGCUGCUUGUUCUGCACUGUGAUGCUUUUCCAAACUGCGAUGAAGACGAGGCUGUGAUCUACUGGCUUGUCAACGGCACUUUCCCAGAGGAAACACCCAGCAACGACAGAAUAAUCGAAUCAAAAGAAUCUUUAAUGGAGGGCUCCAUCCUGCAGAAGAAUCUGCUGUUAAAAAACGUCACAUCGGACGAUCUUGAGUCCACCUUCAGCUGCGUUGUAACAAAUGCAGUGGGAAUGGCACAAAAGUUCAUAAAGUUAGCAAACACAGGUUGUAGCAGUAACUGAAAGGGACAAUAGGUUUUAACCUGUAACUUACACAUCUGACACUAUGACGCAGUAUUA